GCACUGAUACGAAUUCGAAGCCUUAAGUGACUUAUCACCCGUUUUAAUUUUAUCAAUUCCGGGAAAGUAUCAAUUCCAGGAAAUUUAUUUACGAGUCAAACGUAACGGACAAAUGAACGUAACAUGCACUAUCAGCAUUAAAUGUGCGGUCCGAUUAAGCAUACUGUUUCAUUCGUUUCCAAGGUGUUGUUCACGGAAGACCGUACACGGCAGAAGCAUUUCAUUGAAAGGUGGUGUUUUAGCUUAAUCGUUUUGUGUGUCUAAAAUCGUUUAGAAAUCAACUGACAUUGCAGAUCAACGUGUUUCACUUGCGUGCCCUACGAAACCAAAGACUACACAUCUUUAACAGAAGAUUUACUUCAUUUAUAAGUCGGCCGAUUCGCUCGACAGAGCAUAAUCCGCCAACAUAUUAGUGUCCAAUACGGUGCAAAGUUAUUUCACUAUUGAGCUGAACUAACCACUUGACUACGCUGCCUAAAAAGGAAAUGAUAAAGUAAGUUUCUUCAAGUGUGUAGUUUCUAACACUAGAAUCACAGGUACAGUUACGGAUAUAAAAGAGUUCGAAGUCACUAAAGUUCCAGGUGGGAUUAAGUGUCGGUCCUGUUUCGUAGAAAACCGGUGCCACUAUCUUCCUCACUUCUCGACACGUUGUAUCUCGCGGAUUAGUGAUAAAAAGAUCAUAAUAUUUGGUUUUUCUUUAGCUUUGGGCUGAACACCGUUAUCAGUUUGACUUUUAGGCUUUAUUAGAAAACCAUCAUACGGUAAUGCCAGAGUCGUUUAAUUUGACAAUUUGGAUUAUUUUUAGGUGUGACCUCCGUUAUCUGGGUAGAGGGGAAAUGGUUUAAAUUCCAACUCUCCGAUUGGACUAUUCAAUCAUGAUAAGAAAAAUAUAAAACCUUCCAUGAAUGCGCGUGCAGUUUAUUAACAAUUUCUUCCUGCUUACAUACUAACGAUGCAUUCUGAGAUUUAACAGUAAAAGCGAGAUGAAAGAAUUAAUUUUCCUUAAAAUAGCAUUAGCAUUGUCGGGCUUAAGCGCAUAGCGUUGACCAAUAGCGAUCGCAAGGCAUCUUCAGCAUUUUACGCCGGUUAAUGCUUUAAUUGUUAUGAUUAUCUCGUCUGAACACGAGCAUGACCGCCUGAACGUAUUACUUUAUGCUUAGGUUCGCUAUUCAUAUGUUUGUUGAGAUAAGAGUUUAUUUAUAUUUAUACGUAUCAUGCCAUGACCGUUUAUAGUUCUCGCAUGCUCAUUUUAUGAUUGAAUGUCGCGCUCGCAACAUUCCGCGUCGUCUUAGUUUGCGUAGCGAAAGAUCCGUCUAUGUCUAUGUACACAUAGAAGGAGUGGAGGAGUGGAGGAAUGGAGAGCUAUCUCGGAAUUGCCAGGGGGAGAUAUGGAGAGAAAUCGAGGAUAAAAACGAUGAAAGGCUUUUAAGUUCAUAGAAAAGAACACCAAAAGUACAGAGGCCUUAAACAGUAUCACGACAAUCGGAUGAUGAAUUCGAGUGUCAUAGUAUUGAGUGUGUCGUCCACAUGCACGUGAAAAGACAGGCUCUCGCCUAUCCAGGUAUCACGGGUUUCCUAGUGAAGGAUACUUUACGUACUUCAGUGUACCACAAAGCGUAAUUCUAAAAUAUUCUUUUCUAAGAACGAACAAAAGGGUUUCUUUUUGAGUAAAUGGUUUACAUUCUUGAGGAGGAGAUCAUAAUGAAUAUUAUAGUUAUUUUGCUAAAAUUUGCAGUAGAAUAUAUUAGUUUAUUCUACGAGAACGGCCGCAUAAUUCAAUGUUAAGUUCAACGGUUCAGCAUUCAACCCCAAAUCCCAGGACCGUAUAUCCCGGCUCAGCUGAUCGUCUCCUCUCAUAACCUGCCGUCAUGGGCAGCUGCGCCGACAAAAUGCCAUCUGUAAGUUGAAGCAUGCAGCGACACCCCAUAGGAACAAGUCGUACGACAUAGCCCUGGCCCGUAACAUUACUAAAAGAUCUAAAAGAACCGCGAACGUAGAACAUUGUUUCUAUUCAUAAAAGGUUUAGGAUGUCGUGCUCUCGUAUGAAAGGAUCAUAGUUUUGAUCCGGAUUAGCCUAUCUUAGCUAAUGGAAAAUAACGACAUACCGUACAUUAAUUAUUCAACAUUUAUGUUUAAAUAUAUUUUUCCGCAAGCAUCGAACGUAUCUCGAUAAAACAACAUCUGUAAUAUGCACGGAUGGCUAGUAUAACAGUUUACGACAAAUUAUGUUUUCAUGUUAUUUGUUUUGUUUUGCCUUAGGUAUGGAAUUGAAGGAUGAACAAGGAAAAUUUAAACGGAAACAACACUCUAUCGAUCGAGAUGCUUCAACAUCGUCAUCGAGCCCGAAGACACCAUCCAACAAGGGACUUCAGAAAAUGUCUAGUUGGCAUGGCAAUUCUUAUCAAAUCGAUUGUACCUUUCUGAUAGUUCUUGGUGGCUAUGAAAAGCAAUUGGAGGACAAGCAGUUCAACUAUACGAUCACGCUGGAGGAUCCACAAGGAGGCAAGUUUGAUGAUGUAGUGCUUCGUUGCCCUUCACAAAAUAGUGCCGUAUACAUGCAGUGCAAGCAUAAAAAAAAGCAAAAUUCCACUGCCACCAACCCGCUCAACAUUGGACACAAAAAAGGGAAAACAAUACACACAGUUAAUGCAUCUGCUUUACUAGGUCCGUCGAUAUCAAGUCAAUUUUCGAUUCCGGUUUACUUCAUGUCAUUUCUACAAAUGCAAUGUCAGAGUAAUCAUAGCGGAUCGACGAAAAACCAUUAUUUGUUAUGUACCAAUGCCGAAAUCGACGAAGAUGCAGAACAAUACUUUACGACACAAGAAAUGAGCGAAAAUGAUAUAUUCAAAUGUUUCAAAAACCUAGAUGCAACGUUCCAUCAACUCGACGAACACAAGAGAUGGGAUUCUCUUGAAGAAAAACUCAGGCAGUCAAGCCUCAGUUGCUUGGCAAAAUCUUUAGCUAAAUCAAUUUAUAAACAGGACACGAUCAGUCUUGAGAUUCAUCCGAUUUUCGAUAUAUACGCCGUCCUAAUCAACAAUAUUAUCGAACAGUCAUCAACCUCAGAUGCGGCGCACCAUUACGAGUUUAAGCAAACAUUUCGAAAUGCUAGUGAUAUAAUGCAGACUCCAGCAAUUAGCUAUCUUCGUGAAAAAUUUAUUGAGGAGUACAAACCUCUCUUGGGAAAAGAUCGCGAGGAGACCGAUGUUUGGAACGACAUUUUGAAAAAAGGCAUCAAAACGGAAGUGAAUUUUUCAUUAGCAGCUACGACGAAUGCUUUGAAUUCAAUGAAUAAUCAAGGUUCGGAAUAUGCCAAGAUUAAUGAAAAGAUUACAGAAUUUUACACCAAAUUUAGAUUAGUUUGUACUCCAAGCGAAGAACAACUUCGUACGAACGCUAAACAACUGCUUUCCAAAUUAACUAACGCUGAACAAGAGGCCACUUAUGAUAGCCUGUAUAAAUCUAUAUGCAAUGCAAUGGAAAACAGUGAAAACGUUGAAAUAAACAAGUAUUUUUUAAAUCACACGUUUACAAAGGUAAAACGCAACACAACUUAUACGCAAGUGAAAGAGCUAACCAGAGAGUUUAUUAAGUCGUUGACCAUAAGAUAUGCAGAUAAUCUUAUCAGACAGGAAUGGUUGGAAAACUCCAACUUGUAUAAAAUUCUUAGCACCCAGUCACUAAGCGGAAUGUAUUACUAUCGUGGUAUGGUUGAUGUGAAUGUCAGUUCCAUCAUCAUUUUACAAACUCUGCAGUUGCUUACAACUGAAUGCUUAUUUAUCCAUGCAUCCAUGUACAGCCAAAUCGAAGCGUUGGAAAACAUUAUUGUUUUUGUGUGUGAAUAUCUUAAUGAUCAAUAUUUGAAACAUUAUGUAGUCGUAGUCGUAGAUAAACAGGAAAUCGCUACAAUCGAAUCAUUCACACGACUGCACAAAAGCUAUCAGCAGAGGCUUAUAAUAUUGACGAAAACAACAGAAGAGGAACAUUCAUCAGAGAAAUGUUUGCUCGUGUGUGAUCUUACAGAGGAAGCGUCAAACAAAUUAUUCGAAGCAAAUGAUAAAAUGCACUUGUUUGGAACGACUAUUUCUUUAAAGAGCAUUGUACAAGAAACAGUUAAUUUAGCCUUUUUAGUCGAUGUUCUGAAUUUUAGCGCUAAUGCGACGGAAAAUACAAACAUAAAUUUGCACAACUACGAGAAAAUUAAACCAAAGUACAUACAACGUGAUUUUGAAACAUAUUCUACGUGUAUGUCCUCGGAUGAACUUACUAACCGGAAUAUCAAGAAACACUUGGAAACUAUAAAAGACUCGGUUUUCCAUAAGUCAUGCAGUUUUGAGGAAGUAGCAGAGAAUCGUCAUGUACAGUCAGCGUUAUCUUUAGUACAAUCAUCCAUAUCAAAACCUGAAGAACACAAUGCAAUCGAUGACUUAAUUGACGAUAAUAAUAAUUGCAAAGUUUUUAUUUUCUUGGACGAAGCUGGUUUCGGCAAAUCAACCUAUUUUACGUGGCUGGCCUGGCGUUUAUCGGAGGUACAACCAUCGCUAUUAGUGAUUAAACUGAAUGCUGUAGAAUAUUCUUCCGAAUUCGAUCAAUUAAAAACCAGGCUAAAUGAGCUUGGUGAUUCAGAAAUGGUAAAAAUACUUUUCCUGUUUGUAUCUUUGGCUCUAGCUCAUGGUAACAAACGAUCUUCGGUUGGGAUAAAAGAAGUUAUGGAAAACAGAGAGUUUUACGCAAAUAUGUUGCAUUUGUCUAAUGAACGAGUUUUGAGGCUUGAUGAAGCUAAAGUAAAAAGUUUAACUUUAGAGCAAGUGCUGGGAUUGCGUCUGUUUUGCAACAAAUUCAAUGACCGACAACUGAUAUUGUUAUUGGACGGUUAUGAUGAAAUCGUUCCCGAUUACUCGGACGUAGUGAACAAAUGCUUCGCAUGGUUUGCCAACUGUAAUGGAAUACGUAAAAUAUAUUUAUCAUGUCGUCCAUACGAUUUUGAAGUUCAUCUGAAGCACGCAUUCAGAAGUUCUAAAAUUUUGCGAUUGAAAACGUUUUCCCAUCACCAUCAAAUACUUUCUUUGCACAAACAAAUGUUGAGCGUGGUAAAAGAAUAUUAUGACAGCGAAACGAGACACCAAACAGUUGUGCUCAGUGUCGUCUAUGCGAUUUUAAAUAACCGUUUGGGAGAUUUAGCUAAUGCGCCGUUAUUACUGAACAUGGCAAUUGACUCAUUUUUACAAAUCAUAAGGCAAUAUAUAUUUUUUCCAACAAAAACCAUUUCAGACAAUUGUUUUACAAAUGAACAAUUCAACACUUUUCAAAUUGUACACACUUUUGUACAAAGGAAAUUGGAAAUACUACUAACAGAAAAAUCAUGUUCAACUGAUACCUCAUUAAAGACGGUGAUAGCUCUGCACAGGAAUAAACAAUUGAUAAAUCAAUUGGAACGAGAACAUACUUUUAUAGCGAUAUAUAUUAUGUUUGAUAAAAGUCGCAUUAGCUCAUUUAUUUCUGACACAGAAUUAAAUUCUGCUAUGGAAAAUAUUUCCGAAGGAAGAGAGAAAACUGGCAUUUUAGUCGGAGUGAAAAAUGGCAUUCCAAUAUUUAUUCAUAAAAUUUUUGCAGAGUACUUUGCAGCGUCAUGGCUAUUUCAUAAUAGGAAUAGACUUAAAAAUGAUAGCUACUUUAAAUCACAGCUAUUUUGGAACGAUGGCUUAAAUAGAACGCGUGACUUUUUCGACCAAAUGAUCGUUAGAGAACAAGCCGAAAGAAGCGAAAUUCAUUUGGCUGUAUUGAAUAAAUCUUUUGAACAAGUAAAGGCAAUCCUUUUAAAGAAUCCGUCAUCCAUAAAUGGCACAGAUAUCGGGGGUCGAACCCCUCUGCAUUUAGCUUUUCAACAUGACCAUCAUCCGAUCACACGUUUUCUGCUGGAAAAUAUGUCCAUCAAUUCGAUAAAUUCAAAAGAUGAUAUUUUUGGCUGGAGUGCCUUAGAUUAUGCAUUUGUCAGAACUAAUAAACAUGUCAUGAAGUCUCUUUUCGAAUUCGAAGCAAAGAUCAACUUGAACGCCUUGCUCGAGCAAUUGUUUUCAAAUGAUAGCGAUACUCUGUUGAUUCAAGCAUGUAAUUAUAUCAAUUAUUUAACGUCUGUUGAAGAAACUGAACAGUUAGCAAAGGAAACAGUCAACUAUCUGUGCAACAAAAGAGGAGUAGACAUAAAUGCUCCACGUGAAAAAUUAAAAAAUUUAACAAUUAUUGAGUUUUGCAUAAUGAAAAAUACGUAUGAAUUGUUUAAACAGUUUAUUUUACACCUAGCCAACCCAACCAGCUAUUUGAGCAACAUGGCACACAAACUGUUCCAUGCAAUGCUCGAAAAAAAAGCGUACAAUUUUGUAUGCUUUCUUGUCGAUGAAAUCAAUUUAUAUCCUCAGCCAUUCAAGAAAACCCUUACAUUGUUUGCAGCUUUAAAAUCAGCCAUCGAGCUGGAUCGAAUGAAAUCAUUUAAACUCUUUCUCGAUCAGUUGUGUUUCCAACUUCAAAUCGAUUGUGCUUAUGAUGAUGAUGCUGCUGCUGAUGAUGACGUUAUUGAUGAUUUUUGUAUAAACAGUAAUACUCCACCCCUGGAUGAACUCGCCUAUCAGCUUCCGAAGAGCUGUUGUGUACGAAAGUCCACAAAUGUGUUAUUGUCAUUGCCAGAGUACGUAGAAAACAAUAUUUUAGUCACAGAACAUCUUUUUGAGACGCUUCUGGCUAGAGCAGCACAUAAGGGAAAUGUUCCCAUGAUGAGAUAUAUUAUCAAGAAAUUCCAAAAGCCCAUUACUAAUAGAACUAUUGUAACGGUCAUGCGAUUAUUGCCUAAAGGGAAACGUAUGCUGCAUGAUCAAUCCAUUCAUGCCUUUAAAUAUCUGUUACACAAAACAACCGAUCUACAGGCUAUUGAUGAGGAGGGACGAAAUUUGUUACACAUGACCAUUCACAAUGGCUGUUAUUUCAUGGUUCUGUGUUUGAUCGAUACUCAACUCGAUCGCACACUGCUCAACGAAAGAAUCCGAUGGAACGUAUUCCACUAUAUUGCAUCCAGCGAAUCAAAAUACACAAAUCGGGCAUUGCAUUUAUAUCAACAAUUUAUGUCGCUAGAGCAUCCUGAUCGCUUCGAUACUCUAGAUAUCAAUGAUAACAGUGUCUAUGAAAUUGCCGUAAUCAACAGCAAUUGUGAUAUUGCAAGAGAAAUGAUAGAAAUAACUAUAAAAGAUCCCAAAGCGUCAGGAGGAUUUGACUUCGUGCUAGAUUCCGUAACCAAACUGGUGGAUUCACAUGCAUUAGAGGUUUUGGAAUAUUUUAAAUACUUGUUUCAGUAUGGAGAUUUGAUGUGGAUGGAACUGUACAGCAGAAUCCGACAACGUGUACCAUUAAUUUAAGCAAUUUAUCAAAAAACUGGCAUUAUGUUUAGUUUCAAUGAGUUACGAGCAGUAAAGUUGUAAGGCCUCCAUCUAUUGCCAGGACAUAAAAGCGAGAAGUUUCAUAUUAGCGAUUAAAUGAAUAAACGAUCACGGGUCCAAUAUGCAAUACGAUGCAAGCCUAGCUGAGAUUGAUAAGUAAGUUACGAAUAGAAUGCAUGGGAUAAAUAUUUCUUUAUAGUUAUGCACACUAUAAAUAUAGUUAUGAAAUCAGAAACUUUUAUGUAGCAAACCACAUGCUAACAAACCACUCGCAAAUACACAACACCAUACCCUCUUGAAGGCAGCUGAACGGAUUGGAACUCGAACAGUCAGUCGAUCGGCAGCUCCAUUUCAAGCAAGAAAUAGACAUGUAAAAGUGUUAGAUAAUAUUAUCGUUCAUGUGACUUCAAACAUCUUAAUAUAAGAUUAACACAUAAUAAAUAAACCUGUAUUCAAUAUAAGUA